AAAAAAUAUCUCCUAAUCCAAACAGUUGUGGUGAGGAAAAGAGCAUUGUGAGAAGAGAGUUUGUUGCUUUUGCAAAGAGAGAUGCGCGCGCGCGAUGUUUUGAGACAUUUUGGAGCAUAAUGAGAUGGAUUUGGCGGGAGUGGCGUGGGCGCUUCUUCAUCUUUUUUUUCUUCUUCUUUAACAUUUGUGUGUGAAAAAGUGGGGCCGCAUGGCUUAAAAACCCAUCGCAUUUGGGGACUCGGGGUCAGUUGCAGAAUGUCCCUCAUUAACAGUUUAGCUUUGGUUGUUUGCCUGUGUUUGGCGUACGCCGCGGCGCGUCCCGAGGCCGGCUAUGCCUACAAUCGCCCCUCAUUCGGUGGCAGUGCAGCCGGUGGUUCGGGCUUCUCUAGUGGAGCCGCCAUCGGUGGCGGUGGUGGCUUCCACGGCACAGCUGGAGGUAUUGGCGGUGGAUUUGCAACAUCCGGAGGUGCCCUAGGUGGUGGACAUGGCUUUGGAUCGGGCGUGGCAUCUGGAUUUGGUGGUGGUGGUGCUGGAUUUGGCGGUGGUGGUGCUGGAUUUGGCGGUGGUUCAGCUUCUGGCUUUGGUGGAGGACACAGUGUUGGUGGUACAACCCUCGUGCAGAAGCACAUCUACGUGCACGUCCCACCACCAGAACCAGAGGAACACUUCCGUCAGCACGCAAUUGGUGGUGGUGGUUUGGCACAGAAGCACUACAAGAUUAUCUUCAUUAAGGCCCCAUCCCCACCAACGUACAGCCCUGCCCAAAUUGCCCAGGCAGCGCAGAAUUCCGAAAAGACAAUUGUCUACGUCCUCGUGAAGCGUCCCGACGCCCCCGAAGACAUUGUCGUGCCAUCAGCCGCUCCUGUUACCCCAUCCAAACCCGAGGUCUACUUCAUCCGCUACAAGACACAACGCGAGCAAGUGGGUGGUCAUACAGGACCUGCACCCAUCCCACAGGGUCCAGCACCCCUUCCAAUUCCCUCCCAACCUAGUCUACCAGCCCCAUCGCUGCCACAGCCAUCAAUUGCCCCAGCUCCGGCGUCACAAUAUGGACCACCUGGAGGACCAUCGGGGGGACCUUAUUAAACAAAGAAAAAAAAUUCGCCCAAUUCUAGCUCAAUGACCUGCCCGCCAUGUUAGAAUUUCCUGGAGAGAGAGCCAGGAAAUUCAAAACAAAAAGGGGGGAAAACCUCUAGUUUAAUGCCAAUAAAGUGAUUUUUCUACAACUGACGGUGAUAAAAAAAUGCCUUUUUUUUCUUUCUUUAAUUUAUUCUCUUUCAGUUCACGAAAUAUUGAAGAUUUUCCUUUUCUUUAAAGGCCAAUUGUAAGUAAAUCAGAUAUAAAUAAUAAUGAGAACAUCCGCAAAAUACUCCAAAAUGUCACAAAAGAAAUAAAUUUAAAAUAAAAUUUCUCACAUUAAUUUGUGAUCAUGAAUAACAAGGAGAAAAAAUCACCAAACUUCGUAACAAAUUAAAACUAAUUGUGAAAAAUCUGUAUAAAAAUACAAUUUAAAGGAACUUUGCAUU